CCCUUGACCCGGAAGUGAAGUUUACCGUGGGACUCGAAGCUUUUGAGGCUGGUAGUCUUGUGUGGUAAUCCGGGCAGGAAGCGCUCGUCCACGGAUUAAGAGCAUCAGUGAGUGAAGCGGGACUAGCGGACUGCGCUGGAGUAUGAGGGAGCCGCGGCUGUGAGCAAGGCACCGGACUCGCAGCAUGUCAAUGGAGGACCCGUUCUUUGUGGUGAAAGGGGAGGUGCAGAAGGCUGUGAACACUGCACAGGGUCUGUUCCAAAGAUGGAGCGAACUACUGCAAGAUCCCACCGGAGCUACCAAGGAGGAGGUGGACUGGACAACCAACGAGCUGCGCAACAGCCUGCGCAGCAUCGAGUGGGACCUCGAGGAUCUGGAUGAGACUAUCAGCAUUGUCGAAUCAAAUCCUAAGAAGUUCAACUUGGAUGCUAAGGAGUUAAGCAAGAGGAAAGCUUUCAUUACUAGCACUAGGCAAACUGUGAAGGAAAUGAAGGACCAAAUGUCUAGUCCAAUGGCACAAGCAAUGUCCGACCGUAAAAACAGACAGGCCCUGCUGGGAGAUGGAGGGAUUCAAGGGAAGAGCUGGAACUCUGGAGGGGAUAAAUACAUGCGACUAGACCGGGAGCUGCAGUCUGCCAAUUCACAAUUCAUUGAAGACCAGCAGUCGCAGCAGCAGCUGAUUAUGGAGCAACAGGAUGACCAGCUGGAGCUGGUGUCGGGUAGCAUCGGGGUGCUGAAGAACAUGUCGCAGAGGAUUGGCCAGGAGCUGGAUGAGCAGGCAGUGAUGCUUGAUGACUUUUCACAUGACAUGGACAGCACACAGUCCCGCUUGGAUAACGUCAUGAAAAAGCUGGCAAAGGUCUCUCACAUGACGAGCGAUCGACGCCAGUGGUGUGCUAUCGGCAUACUUCUCACUAUCCUGUUGGUGGUGUUGAUUCUCUUCUUUUUUCUUUAAUGGACAGACAGGACUGGGUGUAGGGGAAGGUCUGGUCUUCCAGAGCGUUUUGGAGUCCGGCAGGAGGAUAAAGCGAGGGGAUUGUCCUUCACUGAGCAGCCACUUUCAUAAUCCAGAAACAUUUAUGUCCUUGACAUUGUGUGUGUGUGUGAAUGUGUGUGUUUAUUUCCCAGUGACUAAGCACAUGUCAGACUUCGUCUCCAACCCUGACGCUGCAUUUUAUGUUUCACAAAAUGACUGAAGUUACCUGAACAAUAUUUCAGCAGCUUUAUGGUUGGGGGUGAAAGUCUGAAAUAUUUUACCUUACAGCUUAUUCAGGGAUGCACUCCAUCAUAUUUGUUUGUUGACCCAACCUCAGUAUUUUUUUUUUUUUUUAAUUUGGAUCCUAGUUGUCCAGAACCUUUAGGGGCUUUGGAGGGCAGGGACUGGGCUGAAGUGUGUUACCCAGUAUUACUUUGUCUGAUAUGUGACACUUUCUAGGAGGUCUUCAACUCCUUUUGUUAUGACUGUAAAUCAUGUUCAGACACAGUUAAUGCUAAUUACCAUGAACCUAAGGGUUUACUUUGAAAUGCCUACGUUAAGGGCAUCUGCUUUUGUGAGACCAGAAUUCACCAAGCUUGGUAAUAUGGGACAGUGAGUGGGAAUCGGUUUGUUCCGACAGGCUUAAGGUCCAUUUGGCGUGGCCUGUCUUAUUGUCUGGGUUCCACAAUACCCAAGUUUGACGUUUGCAGAUCUGUGACUGAUGCGGCCCCCUCAACCCAGAGUGAGAGGGGUGCUGCGACGAUGCAUGCUUUUGUGUAUCUUGACAGCACAGGACAGGCACUCUUGUUAGUACAGAGAGGGAUUCCUUGCAGCAGAGACAAAGCAGCAUGAAGUAGUGCUUUAAACUUUAUUUGCAAUGUGACACUUUUUUAGUUUUUUUUCCCUUUCCUUAGAGGAGUGUGGGUAAACUUCUACACUUGUGUUUUUUUGUUUUUUUUUUAUCAUCAUUGUUCCCUUUCCCCAUCUUCUUUUUUAGGAGUACGUUUUGAGCAGCCACUAACUUGUCAUUAAAGCACGUAUUCAGGCUGGCCUUAUUUGCUCUCGUCCAGCCUAUAAAUGCCAUUAAUUGGAGUGCAGGGAUUUUGGGAACACUAACUGGCCCAUGCCACACAUUUUUAAAAAGGCCACCCCGUAGUUUCCUUCAUUUUUUUUGAAAUUCCGCUAUCUACGUAACUCCUGAAUAGGUCCUCCACGUUCCCUUCAGAUGGCAUUAGUAGGGGCGCUGCUUUAUUUCACUUUGCACACAAGUGCUCAUUAUGCGGUUUAUUCUCCGACAUGGUUUCCAGCCUGCUCGCCCCAGAUCACCAUAGGUGGUAGACAGCAAGGUUGUGUGCACACCGAGUGUGCUUUCACGUAUGUGACCGGCAGCCCUGAAUUAGGGGGGUUGGUGGCAUGGUUUAUUGCCAUUUAGCGGUCUUCCUGGCGAAUGCAGGCUUUCCAGCACUUCCUGCUCCUCGCUUGUCUGCUGGCACAGGAGCAGAGGCCGUUUUUCUCCGGUGUGCAUAAUGAAUUGAACAUCCGCGAGCCGGCCGGCUGGCAGUUUCCCCAGGGUUUGAUUAAGACUCUGCAGGCUUAUCUGUGUUGGCAGGCUGACAUACAGAAGCCUGACGAUUGGCAUUUCAUGUGCCAGUUUCUUCUGGCUUACCAAGUUUAUUUUGUUCUUUUUUUUUUUGUGUGUUGCAGUGGUGUGGUAUCUCCCGCCAUGCUCCUUGUUUUAACUUUUUUUCUUUUAAUGUACACACGUCUAUCAGAGCAGCAUGUUUUUAGCCGCCUUGUGAUGUUUUCCACUAUUCUGUUGUGUCACGUGUUUAAGAUAGGACCUUACACGUCACGUGGCUGGAGUGGGCCAGCCCAGAGCCCUGGUGACAGAAGAAUAAUCCUGGCGCCCGGUGUGUUGUUUGGUGGCCUUAAGCGUUCAGACUUAAGUUUUUGACCGGACUGCACUUGACAAUUAAAUGGUGGUCUUGUGCUAAGUGUCUAAAGAGCCAAAAUUGGCAUUACUAAAGAGUGAAGCGAUGCUUAUGCUAAAACUACUGUUUUUCAGUUUUGGUGACUUGAAUAUGUUCAUGCCCCGAAUGUAUCCUGAUCAUCUGAUUGUUUUGCACUGCUGGUCCGUAACACUUCUAACCAUGUGAUUCUGUGGCUGAACUGAACGUCGAGGCAAAAAAAUAAAUAAAUCCAAAGUGUUUGUCACUUGGCUCUGUGUAUCUGAAUAAAGAAAGCUUACAUCAUCCUG